AUGGUUGUGGUUCUCGUAGACGCAGACAUUUCUACAACAGCUGUUUCUUUGGCAUCUGCAAGUGGCACAGAUUCUCUUUUACGGUCAGGGCAGUUUCUCCUCUUGCUUCUUGUUUCUCCUGUCCAUACCAUUCUAUCAUCAUUGGCGAAGUUUUAUGAUGACUGUGAAAUAGAUGAUGACAAAGGUAAUCUGCACCUUACUCGCUUUCAAGCUUCAAAUCAGUCAGAAAGUCUGCGCCGACAUUUGAUGUUAUCAUCUGCUCCGGGUACUUCAUUGCCUGUCCUUACGGUGCAGGCCAUUGUAUUCUAUCUCCACCAGUCGAGCACCGAUUGCCAACUCGGCUUUCAGCCACUGGUUUGGGUCAUUCUAGCUUCUGGAGUGAUGCUUGCCUGA